AUGAAGGGCUCUUCCAUAGAAACGUUGAAGGCUACAAAGAACCAGUUGAAGUUGUUGAAACCGAUAACGUGGUCAGUUGUGCGUACACCUUUGAAACAGGAGGAGUUAGAGAAAGCCGAACGUCAUCUGCUGCGUUCCGUUCAAGCCGAAGCGUUUGGGGACGAGUUGAAAAUCCUAAUUAGGAAUCGGAAUCGUUCCACGAGUGAGUGGAUGCAGUUGGAGAAGUCAAGUGCUCUGUACAAGCUCACACCACUAGUCGAUGAGCACAAUAUAAUUCGGAUGGAAGGGCGCACAGAGAAGGCUGAGUUCCUGCCAUUCGACCUACGCUUCCCAGUGAUUUUGCCCAGAGAGCACCAUGUGACAAGAAUGAUCGUGCAGAAUUAUCAUGAACGCUUUGGACAUGGGUAUCGAGAGACCAUGAAAAAUGAAAUUCGGCAGCGUUUUUACAUCCCAAAGGUUGGUACGGUGGUGCAGAAAAUUUCGAAGACGUGUCAGUGGUGCAAAGUUCACCGCAGUAAACCACGGGUUCCUAGAAUGGCAGCCUUGCCAGUACAACGACUACAACCGUAUCGUCGACCGUUCAGUUCCGUCGGCGUCGAUUACUUGGGUCCGGUAAACGUCUCCGUAGCACGACAUAGUGAAAAGCGUUGGGUAGUUGUGUUCACCUGCUUCGUUACACGCGCUGUCCACCUGGAAGUAAGCGGAAGCCUGACGACGCAGUCCUGUCUGAUGGCUAUUCGACGUUUCAUGAAUCGCAGAGGACCACCCCAGGAAUUCUUCUCCGAUAAUGGAACCAAUUUGAAAGGAGCAAGCAAAGAGUUGACGAACCUAAUUAACGAUAUUAACUGCGACUGCGCAGAUGACUUAACCAAUGCGCGUAUGAAGUGGACUUUCAAUCCACCAGCUGCCCCACACAUGGGUGGGGUCUGGGAACGAUUAGUCAGAUCCGUCAAAGAGGCAUUGGAAGCAAUGAAUGACGGGAAGCGGUUGACAGACGAAAUUCUACACACAUCAGUGACGGAGGCAGAAGAUAUGAUAAACUCGAGGCCGCUAAUCUACGUUCCCCAGGAAAUAGCGGAAGCAGAAGCGCUUAGUCCCAAUCAUUUCUUGAGGGGGGUUUCACCGAACGAACCGCAGAUGGUUUCUCCUACACCUCUUCCGGCAGAGGCUCUGCGGGAUGUAUACAAACGUUCGCAGGAGUUGGCACAGGAGAUGUGGAUCCGGUGGAUUAAGGAAUAUGUUCCUUCGCUGAACCAGCGGACCAAGUGGCACGGAGAAGCAAGAGCGCUGAAGAAGGGUGACCUGGUAUAUGUGAUCGAGGGGUCUAAGCGGAGAUCCUGGGUGCGAGGAAUAAUAGAGGAGGUCAUAGCAGCGAGUGAUGGUCGAGUGCGACAGGCGUGGGUCCGAACGAGCAGUGGCUUAUUUCGGCGAGCUGUUGCGCAGUUGGCAGUGAUUGAGAUAAACGAUAGAUGGUAA